AUGGUAUUCAAUGUACUGAUAGCAUCGUCUGUGAUCAAAACGGCCACCGUCGUUGGUUCUAGUCUGUGGCUCAUCCCAUUUCUUCUGGGAGCCAUCUCUUACUAUCGCUAUGAUCGCGUCGAUCCGGAGUCGCGCGUCAUCAACCAGGAAGCGCUACUGCCGGAGUAUGAUUUCAUCGUCGUCGGUGGUGGCUCGGCCGGAGCCGUUGUGGCGAACCGGCUGACAGAGAUUCACCGCUGGAAGGUGCUGCUGCUAGAGGCCGGACCGGAUGAGAACGAAAUUUCGGAUGUUCCGUCGUUGGCGGCGUACCUGCAGCUCAGCAAGCUCGACUGGGGGUACAAGACGGAGCCCACGAAUAAGGCGUGCCUGGGCAUGGUGAACAAUCGCUGUAACUGGCCACGGGGCAAGGUACUGGGCGGUUCAUCGGUGCUUAACUACAUGAUCUACGUGCGCGGCAAUCGGAACGACUUCAACCACUGGGAGUCGCUCGGCAAUCCCGGCUGGGCGUAUGAUGAUGUGCUACAGUUCUUUGUCAAAUCCGAAGACAACCGUAACCCAUAUCUUGCCCGCAAUCCGUACCACGGGCAGGGUGGAUUGUUAACCGUACAGGAAGCUCCCUGGCAUACACCGCUGGUGGCCGCGUUCGUGGAAGCUGGCACAGAGAUCGGGUACGAAAAUCGCGACAUCAACGGUGAGCGGCAAACCGGCUUCAUGAUAGCGCAGGGCACAAUUCGCCGAGGUAGUCGCUGUUCGACCGCCAAAGCCUUCCUACGACCGAUUCGUUUACGCAAGAAUCUGCACAUUGCAAUGAACGCGCACGUCACAAAGCUUGUCAUCGAUCCCGAAACAAAACACGCGGUUGGUGUGGAAUUCAUCCGUGGCGGCAAGCGACACUAUGUCCGUGCACGAAAGGAAAUCAUUAUGUCGGCCGGGUCGAUCAACACGCCACAGAUACUGAUGCUUUCCGGCAUAGGACCGCGGGCCCAUCUUGAGGAUGUGGGCAUUGCGACUAUUCAGGAUUUGCCGGUUGGCGAAAACCUGCAAGAUCACGUCGGCAUGGGAGGGUUAACGUUCCUGGUGGACAAACCCGUGGCGAUUCUGCAGAAUCGCCUCGAAGCAGGCUCGGUGACGAUGAACUACGUGAUUAAUGAACGCGGUCCAAUGACCAUACUGGGUGGGCUGGAGGGCAUUGCGUUCGUUAACACGCCCUUCGCAAACGUCACUGAUGACUGGCCGGAUGUGCAGUUUCACAUGGCCCCGGCCUCACUCAACUCUGACGGUGGUGCUCGCGUCAAGAAGGUGCUUGGUCUACGGGAGGACCUCUACAAAGAAGUGUUCCAUCCGAUCGAAGAUACGUACAGCUGGACGAUCAUGCCACUACUGUUGCGGCCACGAUCCCGCGGUUGGGUACGCCUCAAGUCAAAGAAUCCGUUCCACUAUCCGCUCAUGAACCCGAACUACUUCGAGGAUCCGUACGAUGCGGCCACACUCGUGGAGGGUGCCAAAAUAGCAUUGCGUGUUGGUGAUGCCAAGGUGUUCAAGCAGUUUGGCAAUCGUCUCUACCGCAAACCACUGCCGAACUGUAAGCAUCACAAGUUCCUAUCGGACGAAUAUCUCGACUGUCAGGUGCGUACGAUAUCGAUGACCAUCUACCAUCCGGUCGGUACGACCAAGAUGGGACCACACUGGGAUCCGGGCGCAGUGGUCGACCCACGGUUGCGCGUGUACGGCAUAUCCGGGUUGAGGGUGAUCGACGCCAGCGUCAUGCCGACGAUCGUCAGCGGUAACACGAACGCGGCCGUUAUCAUGAUCGGUGAGAAGGGUGCACACAUGAUCAAGGAAGAUUGGCUUGGGCACGAUCGAUGA